AUGGACUCCCACCGCUUUCCCGUCGAAGCCCUGAUUUUGACGGUCGCCGUCAUUCCGAUCCUCAUCGGAUACUAUCACAUUUUCAUGAAAACGUUGAUGAGACGGACGGAUUCGCCGCGGGAACGUCGGUCCGUUCGGAUCCUCGUGUCAAGCCACCUAUUCUCGUGCGUCGGACUCAUCAUUUGCACCCAUCCGAUCAGUUUUCCGUGUCUACCGGACGAUCAUCCACAAAAUGUGGUGAGUUUCAAAAAAAUUGGGUCAAACUUCCCGGAAAUUAGAUAAACUUGCUCAAUAUUUCGUCGUCAAAAUUGCUGGAAAUCACUGUGCAAGUGUUACAGUACCACAUGGCCCUGUCCGUCUUGCUCAUUGUGCUCGGCCUGCACAUGCACCUCGCCUGCCUGGCCCACCGUUCCGUCGUCCUGCACAUUCGUCUUCCGUCGACGCUUUGCCCGGGCCUCUUCGCGCACUCCUCAAUCUUCUUCCACACGACGUUCUGGCUGGAUUUCGCGGCUCCGUUCCGUGCGGCCGCCCGUCUUUUCCCCGCCUGUGUGCCCGGAUUGACGGCCUGGACGGUGCCGAUCGGCGUGCUCUUCGCCUACAUCACUCACAUGUGUCUUUUCGAGGCAUUCUCGUUGGCCGUCAUCGUGUUUGUCGCGAUUAUUGGCGAUUUUCCAAUAGUCGAGAACGGGCAAGUUAUUGGCGCAGUGGUUAGGAACGGUUGGGGAUUUGAGGAGAAGCUGACGGAAGUUGUGGAGCCGGACGGAACGAGUUUCAAGGGAUCAAAGAGCGGUCACUAG